UCUCUUCGAAAGGCGUCGAUUUUAAGCGGUUUUAGCCGCACUUAAUUCUUGGAGCUCUUCCAAUGGCGGCGAUCGAAGAAGCAAAGGGUCCCGACUUCUCUGCGCUGCCCGAAGGGUGCAUCGCGAGAGUCGUCUCCCUCACGAGCCCCGCCGACGCGUGCAGGCUCGCAACCCUGUCGCCGGCUUUCAAGUCGGCAUGCGAUUCCGACGUGGUCUGGGCCUCGUUCUUGCCGCCGGAGCGCCCCCAGACGGUCUCCCGGAGCGUUUCGUCGCUGAAGGAGCUCUACUUCAGCCUCUGCGACGACCCGGUUCUCAUCGGCGAUGGCAAAAUGAGCUAUUCGCUGGACAGGCACAGUGGAAAGAAAUGUAUCAUGCUAUCUGCAAGGGCCCUGUCUAUAACAUGGGGUGAUACUCCGAUUUACUGGUCAUGGACUUGCUUGCCCAACUCCAGGUUUGCAGAAGUGGCUGAGCUCAUCGAUGUAUGCUGGCUCGAAAUUAGAGGCAUGAUUAGUUCUGGCAUGCUGUCGCCCGAAACCCAUUAUGCAGCAUACUUGGUAUUCAAAAUUACCCCAGCAUCUCAUGGAUUUGAAUUCCAGCCUGUUGAGGUGGAAGCUAGAUUUGCUGGUGAUGAAGCGGGCAAGCGUGAGCACUCAGUUUACUUAUCUAGAGAGAACAACACGCGCGGAUGGCAGUCCAGGCAGAGAUUCAGGCAUGCUGGCGGGUCACUGAUGCUUGCACCUGCCGAGGGGAGUGGGAACUAUCCUAAAGAGAGACAAGAUGGGUGGUCAGAGAUAGAGUUAGGUGAGUUCUUGACAAAGGAAGGACAAGAUGGGGAGGUUGAAAUGAGCGUCAUGGAGACGAAGGGGGGUAACUGGAAGGCCGGGCUGGUUGUGGAAGGGAUCGAAAUUAGGCCCAAGGAUGGGAAAUAAAAGUGCCUUUAUGCAGGGCAUGUGUAAGUUUGUAUGUACUGUCCCUUGAUUAAGAGCUUUUUCUCUCUGUUUUGCUGUUGUUCUUUCCAUGUUCCUUUGUCAAUAUUUAGUAGCUUUCCACCUAAUCAGAAAGCGAGCCUGUGAUCAAUAUCGACUUUUAUCAAUUUUUCGUAGAUUUCUACCAAUUCA